UUAGCAGUUUAUAUUUACUAAAAUAACUGCAUUUCCAUGUUCUGUGUACUGUGGGAGACCAGAUAUAGUGAAUGCAGGGUCCGGGGAGUCCAGAUAUAGUGAAUGCAGGGUUUGGGGAGUCCGGAUAUAGUGAAUGCAGGGUCCGGGGAGUCCGGAUAUAGUGAAUGCAGGGGUCCGGGGAGAGCGGAUAUAGUGAAUGCAGGGUCUGGGGAGAGCAGAUAUAGUGAAUGCAGGGUCUGGGAAGAUCGGAUAUAGUGAAUGCAGGGUCUGGGGAGAGCGGAUAGAGUGAAUGCAGGGUCCGGGAGACUGGAUAUAGUGAAUGCAGAGUCCGG